AUGCAGCUUACGGAUGGAAGCAAUUUCGGUUCAGCUGUUGACAUUGCCGCUCCAGGUAACGAAAUAGUUACAACUGAUCUCAAAGGGAAGUAUGCCACAGGUGAGGGCACUUCGGGUGCCGCCGCUAUUGUAGCAGGUAUAGCUGGGAUGCUCUACAGCCUUGAACCUUCUCUGAAGGCUAAGCUGACCCCUGCUUACAUCAAAAGUAUCAUCAAGGAUACGGCCACCCAAGGUGUCAAGGACAGUAAAGGGGUAGAGACCCUUACCUUCGGCCGCGUGAAUGCUGCGGCGGCUGUCAAUAAGAUACUUGGAAGGAAGAAGGUUUAA